AAUUGAACGACGAGGAGGAUUCUGAAGGGGGAGUGAAACGCAGCGCUGAAGACCAAGGAGGUGUUCCUAAGAAACCCAGAGAUGUUGAGGAAAGCCAGGCGAUUGAUUUUUACUCGGAAGAGUCUCCAGAUUUUGAAGAAGAUGACCCAGAGUGGGUCGUAGAGGAAAAACGAUUCUUGAUUGAAGAGUUUGGGAGGAAAAUUGUCACCCUUAGCUUUGAUGAGAAAGAUCGGUUUAUAUACACCUGCGAGAUAUGCAAUGUUGAGUGUUGUCAAAGGAAAAUGUUGGAAGCUCACUGUAAUGGUAUGAAACAUCUAAAGAAAAAGAAUCUGCUGGAGAGGCGGUUACAGGGUAAGGAUGUUCCAGAGACAUUUAAGGUGACGAAAAGCAACACGGAAAAAAUAACUAAACCGUCUGGCCCGAAUAAACCACCGGAAAGAGACCCCGAGGAGUUCAAGAAUAAGUGGCAGAACAACAAUUUUUAUAAUUAUGGACCAGGUAAUCAUCCAGGAUUUUAUAAUCAUCCUCCACCCUUCGUGCCCCCACCUGGUUUUCAAAAUGGCCCCCCACCUGGCCCACCACCAAAUUACUAUGGACCCUGGGGCCCACCACCUCCAAAUAUUUUCAAUACUCCUCCACCCACUGUAGUUGACAAUAAAAAGAAUACUGGCAAAGAUAGCCUAGCUGGUGGUGACACUGGAUCGCUGCUGCAGAAACUCGCUGAUUGUGCUGUAAAAAAUGAGAAGGAUUCUGAAUUGGCAAUAAAUGUGGUUAUUGCUCUUAUGAAGUCCUUGAAGGACUUCAACCACAAAAGGGGAGAAACAAAGUUUAUUGAAGUUUUAACUGAAGCAGAUGUUACCUUCAGAGUAUUGAAGACACUUAAACCACAGAGUAAAGAGUCAGAUGACUCGGCUCACCCAGCACCUACUGCUGCUGUUAUUGAUACCUCACUGGACACAAACUCAUCUGCUACAGGAGUUUCUGAUUUUGUGCAAGGAACACCUGCACCCUCACAAACACCCAAUUAUGCCGAUAACAGUCAGUACUACGGCUCUCAGAAUAACUCUAUGAAUAAUGGCUAUUCGUAUGACACCGGAUCCAACUUCUCAAGUCCAGUACCAACUGGCGUGCCACCUCCACCAAAUAUUAACUCAAAAGGUGGAAGUGGUUACGGUCAAGAUGCAAGUCAGAAUUAUGGCUCAAAUCAAGGAUACUCCAGUCAGGGAUCAGCAGGUUCCACAAACCAAAAUUCAAACUAUUCUGGCCAAAAUUACUCAAACCAAGGAUAUGGCAAUCAAGGAUACGGCAAUCCCAGUGGAUAUUCGUAUCCCGGAGCAUCACAGAGUACGACACAAAGCAGUGAAAAUCAAGGAGGGCAGAAGGCUGCUGCUACAAAUACAACUCAGGCUGUCAGUGCAGUUCCCCCACCACCUCCCCCACCACCACCCCCACCUGCUUCAACAACAACAACAGCAACAACAGAUAACAGCACUCCAGAUUUCUCAAAUUACGGAUAUGCGGCUGGCUAUUCCAUGGGAUAUUAUAGUGUGCCACCACCUGCAUAUAGUCAGCCAUAUUAGAUAGCGAAGAGAAAAUUCAUUUUAUUUGAAAUCGUAAGGUAUUUUUUUUUCCUUUUUUUAUGGGAAACGUUUUAUAUUUUUUCUAAAUUUAUUUUCCAAAAUGUAAGGUAAUUUUACAGCUAAGAACAGUUAGGAACAAAAAUGGUUUGAUUGUGCAAGCAAAAGAGUAUAACAUAAAGAAAUAAACAUUGAAGGACAUAUAUAUUAAUCCUAAUUCGUUCAGUGCAAACAAAAAGUUAUGGAAAGAAAUAUUUGUUUUGUGAAAAGUAGAAAUGUAAGGGUGUGUUCAUGGAAAGAUGUGUGAGAAAGCUAUACUUUGAAUGUGUGCUGUUUUGAUGUUAAUUCUUACCAAUUUUUUCUCUUGUAUGUUACUUGGCAUCUAAAAAUUUAUUGCAAAUAAUAGUAUGCAUCAUAGAUGUAACUUGCUAUUGUUGAAUUUCAUGACAAUUUCAUUUUCUGUAGGUAUUAUUUUGAAUAAUACACAAAAUACACAUUCAUUUUCAUGUACAAUUUUGUGCUACACAGAUGUAGAUGAAGAAACCUGAGGGUAUAAUUGUAAAAGAGCUUUCAUUUGUCACAGAGUUAUUGAACGUUCAUCAGAAAUAUUUUUUUGAGGUUGCAUUUGUAAACAGAAUGUCAGGUUUGAAUUAAGAAAAAAAAAUCUCAGAAUUGAUAACACAUUUUAAACAUUUGGAUUUGGUACUGUAAUGUACAUUUCUCAAACACUGUAGAUGAAGGAAUUAGUUUUGUGAAUAGUAAGAGCAUACAAAAACAAUGUUAAUAGGAAACCAUAGUUGUUUUGGAUGGGUGUGAAAUGUGAAUAUAUUAUGCAUUUUAUUCCUAUAGCAAUGCAGAAGGUAAUUUUAUAUAUUACGUACAGAACUUUGCAUUGAACAAAAUGAUAUUUUCAGGUGAAUGAAAAUCUUUCUCAAACUGCAAAUAGAAAUUGAUGCAGUUCCUUCACUAUGAGACACCAGAACAGCACAGAUGGAAUUUUUUCUGUAAUCAAGGUAGACCAGAGUAUGGAAGUUAUUUCUGUGGAAAUAUUCCAACAACAUGGGCAUCUUUUGGAUUUUAUCAGAUUUGUACUUGACACCUUUUUUGGCAGAUCCAUUUUGGUGAGAAAUGUACCCUUGAUUUGUAAAUGAAAAAUUGUUUAGCUACAUUAGCACAUUGCUAGAGGCAUUAUUGAUA